AUGCCGGCGCAUACCAUUCUGCCUGUGAUAGAUACCUGGACUAAGAUCUAUACCUCGCAUCUGGACCCGCACUCCCCCCUGGUCAAGGCUUCCAAGCCAACGACUCUGCCACCGUCAGCUCCGAAUGGCAACAUCAUCGAUAAUCCUUCUCAGCAAUUCCGCUACAUGCAGAUCUUCGAGAACAAGGGCCAAGCAAUGGGGUGCUCAAAUCCGCAUCCCCACGGGCAGAUAUGGACCACAACAUCGCUUCCAGAGGAGCCGGCGAUUGAGUUGCUGCACAUGGCUCGGUACAGGCAAGAACAUAACGGCGCGCAUCUGCUGGAAGACUACGCCAAGCUGGAGAGUGAGAAGGCGGAGCGGACAGUGUUUGAGAACAGCAGCUUCUGGGCGGGUUGUCCAUGGUGGGCUACAUGGCCGUUUGAGAUUAUGGUUGUCGCGAAGAGCCACAAGAGGGCGUUGGUCGACUUGGACCAGCAGGAGAAGGAGGAUUUGGCAGAAGUGAUCGCAGAGAUUACGAGGAGAUACGACAAUUUGUUCGAGACGAGCUUUCCUUAUAGCAUGGGCAUCCACCAAGCACCCCUAUCAGGGACGAACGAAGAGAUCGAAUGCUCACACUUCCAUCUGCACUUCUAUCCUCCCCUACUACGCAGUGCCACCGUGCGGAAGUUCCUGGUCGGCUACGAGAUGAUGGCAGAGCCGCAACGAGACAUCACUCCUGAGCAGGCAGCGACGCGUUUGCGAGAUUGUGGUGGCGAGCUUUAUCGCAAGCUACGAUGA